GUUUGAACUUCCCCUUUCUUAACAAAUGACAUUUUGACCUCUCUCUCUCCCUCGCUCUCUCUCCCUCGCUCUCUCUCCAGGCAUCAGCUUCUCGCAAUCCCUACAAAAACCCAAUAAACCCCUAAUCUCUCCUUCCCUUCUCUCAAAGUUGCAACCUUUAACUGCCAAUCCCUCUCUCUCUCUCUCUCUCUCUCUCUCGGGUGCUCUGUUCUUAGCUCCUCAGUAGAGUACGGCAAAAGAUAGCUUCUUGUAGGGUUUAUUCGCCCUUAUUCUUAGCGUAAUUCGAUUCUCCGUGAUUCUCUCUAGAUCUCCCUAGUCUACUUGAAUCGUUGGAUUUUGAUUUGGUAUUAUCACAGUAGAGGAGGAUCUGAGUAUUUGAUUAGUUGGGGGAACGCUAAAGAUUCGAACUUUGAAUAGAAUCUCAGAUUUUGCAGUGGUGCUUAGUGUAAGAUUCUAUCGAAUUUUCAGGUGGGUUUAGGGUUUGAUUGUGUAAAAAAGAUGGCUGUGGAGGAAGUUAGUGAUGGUGGUUCUGCUGCGUGGAGCAGGGAAGAUGAUAUUGCGUUCGAGAGAGCUCUUGCUAGUCAUACAGAUGAAUCAGAUGAGAAGUGGGAGAAGAUUGCUGCUGAUGUUCCGGGGAAGAGUGUUGAGCAGAUUAAAGAACAUUACGAGCUUUUGGUCGAAGAUGUUAGUAGGAUUGAAUCUGGAUGUGUGCCACUUCCUGACUAUGGUUCUUCUCCUGAAGGAUCUAAUGGUCAUGAUGGUGGUGGUGAUGAUGGAGGUAGCGGUAAGAAGGGAGGGAACAGUCAUGCGGGCGAGUCUAACCAGGGGAGUAAAGCGAAGUCAGAACAAGAACGACGAAAGGGUAUUGCCUGGACAGAGGAUGAACACAGGUUAUUUCUUCUUGGUUUGGAUAAGUAUGGGAAAGGUGAUUGGCGUAGCAUAUCUCGCAACUUUGUGGUAACAAGAACACCAACCCAAGUCGCAAGCCACGCUCAGAAGUACUUCAUCCGUCUAAACUCAAUGAACAAAGACAGAAGACGAUCAAGCAUUCACGACAUCACCAGUGUUGGCGAUGCAGAUGUCUCAACUCAACAAGGACCCAUCACUGGUCAGAACAACACCAGCAACAACCACAACAACAACAACACAGGUUCUGCUGUUGCUGUUGCUGGAGGAGGAAACAAACCAGCCAAGCAAGCCUCCUCUCAACCACCACCAGGACCUCCUCCUAUGUAUGGAACAACACCCAGCAUAGGUCAACCAGUAACUGGACCGCUGGUCUCAGCAGUUGGCACGCCAGUGAACCUCCCAGCUCCACCUCACUUGGCUUUUGGAGUCCAUGCUGCUCCAGUCCCUGGUGCACCGGUGAACAUGGGUCAGAUGCCCUACACCGUGCCGCGUACACCAACUGCUCAUAGGUAACGUCUGAAGAAAACCGUUUGGUGUAGUAGUGUGUGCUCUACGGUUUAGGUGUAAGAAAGAUGUAUAAAGGAUUUUAGUGAAUAUUCAAAGCUUGUUCCUUGAGUUGAGUUUUUUUUUCUUUCUUUGUUACUUUAGUUUGUUGGGGAUUUUUACGAUUUUCGAAUAAAAGAUUAAAGAUCAUCA